AUGAGAGAAGGCCUUGAUCUCCCCGAAUUCGGAUACCUCCCAUUCGACCAUUUCGUCAUAGCAAACUGGGACACAGCGUCCCCGCUCUCCCAAAACGAGCAGAAAAGAAUCCUCGUCGAGAAAUGGAUUGCGCUAGGAAAAUAUGGCCGAAACGUAUAUAUCAACCUACCUAACCUUUCAUUCAGCCAUCUCUACCCACUAACUAACAAGCCUAAGCACUUCGCCCUUGCCACAUUUGCAGACCCAAUCAUCGAUGAUAUCCCCGUGGGGGUCCCGCAAGAUCUCCUGUCGGAGGACGACCGUGCUCUCAACAGCAUGCUUUCCACCACACUAUGGAUCCGUACCUGGUUCGGCGAUCCUAAAGAUAAGAGCCAAGAGGCCGCAGACACAGCGUACGCUCGACUCCGAAAGACAGUCCUACAGCAGGGUCGCGAGAACUACCACAUUUCCUACAUCCCUAAGGAAUUCGUCUUUGAGGACCGGCAGGAACUAAGCGCGGAUGCCCAGCGGGGCGGGGAUGUGAUUAGGGGCGUUGCGGCCGGCUGUGCCGGGUCUGUACCGGGGUAUCUAGUUGCGGCGCUAAUGCACUGCCCCGAGCUGUUUGAGGGGAUGUCGGAUGACGACUGGCGGCAUUUUACGGGAGAGGAGCGGGCCGAAGAGCUGGCGGAGAGUGAUCGGGUGCAGAGUGCGCUGGUUCUUGUUGCGGACCGGAAGGCCUGUGAGGAGGGCUGGGUGUUAGUUCUAGCGGUGAAUCAUCGGGGGGAGAUUCUUCCGUUUAGGGUGCGUGAGCGGGCUAAGGACACAGCGCAGAUUGCGGUGAAUUGGCUGCAGGGGCAGCCUUUGUCUGAGGUUGCGGAUGACGAGGAUGAAGAUGUGGAGUUUUACUUGGGGGGAGGGGAUGGGUGGGAGUAG